AUGGCAGGUAUAAUGAAGAAGUAUGGCAUCAUACAUAAAGUGGCCACAACAUGCCACCCCCAAACAAAUGGCAAAGCCGAGGUCUCCAAUCAGAAAAUCAAGCGCAUAGUGGAAAAGGUUGUAAAGCCUCAUAGGAAAGAUUGGAGUUCUAAGCUCGGCGAUGCGCUUUGCGCUUACCGGAUGGCAUAUAAAAUGCCAAUUGGUAUGAGCCCAUUCCGGUUGGUCUAUAGGAAGGCUUGCCAUCUCUCGGUGGAGAUAGAGCAUAAGGCGUAUUGGACUGUAAAAGAUUGCAACACAGGAUAUGGGGUUGGAGUCAAAAGGAAGAUACAAUUGGUGGAGCUUGAGAAUCUUCGAUUGGAAGCCUAUGAGAAUUCAAGGCUUUACAAGGAGAAGAUGAAAGCGGUGCAUGAUCAAAACAUAAGAAUGAGAGAGUUUAAAGCCGGAGAACUAGUUCUCCUCUAUAACUCUAGGUUAAGGUUGAUGCCCGAAAAGUUAAGAUCAAGCUGGGAAGGCUCUUAUAGAGUAGAGAAGGACAAACCAUAUGGGGUCUACCACCUAAGGCACGCUUCAAGCCCCAACAUCUUCAAAGUUAUUGGUCUUCGUCUAAAGCUAUACCAUGGAUAG